UUCUUCAUUGGUAUUUGUACCGUUGUUUUCCAGUGAUGGGGAAUCAGCUGGCCGGCAUCGCUCCGUCUCAGAUCCUGUCUGUGGACAGUUAUUUCUCUGACAUCCACGACCAUGAGUACGACAAGAGCCUGGGCAGCACUCGCUUCUUCAAGGUGGCCCGGGCUAAACACCGCGAGGGCCUGGUGGUGGUCAAAGUCUUCGCCAUCCAGGACCCAUCGCUGCCUCUGACCAGCUACAAACAGGAGCUGGAGGAGCUGAAGAUCCGGCUGCACUCCUGCCAGAACUGCCUGCCCUUCCAGAAAACCUCCCUGACGGAGAAAGCCGCCAUCCUGUUCCGCCAGUACGUCCGGGACAACCUGUACGACCGCAUCAGUACCCGGCCUUUCCUCAACAACGUGGAGAAGCGCUGGCUGGCCUUUCAGAUCCUCAAUGCCGUCGACCAGGCACACAAAUCUGGCGUCCGCCACGGUGACAUCAAGACAGAGAACGUGAUGGUGACCAGCUGGAACUGGGUGCUGCUCACAGACUUCGCCAGCUUUAAGCCCACGUACCUGCCAGAGGACAACCCUGCCGACUUCAACUACUUCUUCGACACAUCCCGACGGAGGACGUGCUACAUCGCUCCCGAGAGGUUUGUGGAUGGAAGCAUGUUUACAACAGAGAGCGACCAGAACACGCCGCUGGUGGACCUGACCAACAACAACCAGAGGAGCAGAGGGGAGCUCAAACAGGCCAUGGACAUCUUCUCUGCAGGCUGUGUCGUAGCAGAACUCUUCACUGAGGGCGUCCCGCUCUUCGACCUGUCGCAGCUGCUGGCGUAUCGCAAAGGACUGUUUCAGACCGAGCAAGUGCUCAUGAAGAUUGAGGACCGGAGCAUCCGAGAGCUGGUGGGUCAGAUGGUGCAGCGGGAGCCUGAGAAGCGCCUGACGGCGGAGGAGUAUCUGAAACAGCAGAGAGGAAAAGCCUUCCCCGACAUCUUCUACACCUUCCUGCAGCCGUACAUGGCUCAGUUUGCCAAAGAGACCUUCCAGUCGGCAGACGAGCGAGUGCUCGUCAUCCGCAAAGACCUCGACAACAUCCUGCACAACCUGCGAGGAGGCUCCUCGUCUUCAUCGCAGGAGAGCAGCGAGAGCGUGCUGAGCUCCAGGGAGGAGCAGGGCCUCAUCGUCCUGGUGUCUGUCAUCACCUCCUGCCUGCAGACGCUGCACUCCUGCGACUCCAAACUUGCCGCUCUGGAGCUCACCCUCCACCUGGCUCCCCGGCUUGGCGUCGACAUCCUGCUGGACCGCAUCACGCCCUACCUGCUGCACUUCUGCAACGACCCCGUUCCUCGGGUGCGAGCUCAGGCGGUAAGAACUCUGGCCAAAGUGCUGGCGCUGGUGAAGGAGGUGCCUAGGAACGACGUCAACAUCUAUCCAGAGUACAUCCUGCCAGGCAUCGCACACCUCGCCCAGGACGACGCCACCAUCGUCAGGCUGGCGUACGCAGAGAACAUUGCACAUCUGGCGGAGAGCGCGUUGCGUUUCCUUGAACUCGUUCAGGAAAACAACGUGAACACAGAGCAGGACCUGAGCGGCGAGGACGCGGAGGAAACACUUCACCCGAACGAAAACUACGACUCAGAGCUGCAGGCGCUGCACGAGAUGGUGCAGCAGAAGGUGGUCACGCUGCUGUGCGACUCCGAGAACAUCGUCAAACAGUCGCUGAUGGAGAACGGCAUCACGCGCCUCUGCGUCUUCUUCGGCCGACAGAAAGCCAACGACGUACUGCUGUCCCACAUGAUCACCUUCCUCAACGACAAGAACGACUGGCACCUGCGAGGAGCCUUCUUCGACAGCAUCGUGGGCGUGGCGGCGUACGUGGGCUGGCAGAGCUCCUCCAUCCUGAAGCCUCUCCUGCAGCAAGGUCUGAGCGACACGGAGGAGUUUGUCAUCUACAAAGCUCUCAACGCUCUCACCUGCAUGUGUCAGCUGGGUCUGCUGCAGAAACCUCACAUCUACGAGUUUGUCAGCGAUAUUGCUCCAUUCCUGUGUCAUCCCAACCUGUGGAUCCGUUACGGGGCGGUGGGCUUCAUCACUGUGGUCGCUCAGCACCUCAACGUGGCCGAUGUCUACUGUAAACUAAUGCCCCACCUCAACCCCUUCAUCACCCAGCCCAUCAUCCAGAUCGAUAAGGAGCUGGUCCUGCUGAGCGUCCUGAAGGAGCCGGUCAGUCGGUCCAUCUUCGACUACGCGCUGCGCUCCAAAGACAUCGCCAGCCUCUUUCGACACCUGCUGCUGCGGCAGAAGAAGCGAGCCGGAUCUAUCCCAGAAUGCCCCACUCCCGAGGACCCGGCCAUCGCUCAGCUCCUCAAGAAGCUUCUGUCACAGGUCAGAACGACAACAAGUUGUUUGUGA